AUGGGUACUGGCAAGAAAGAGAAAUCGAGACGUAUUCGUGAAGGGAACACCAAAGAUGGUAAUAUUCGUGUGAAGGGUGAGAAUUUUUACAGAGACUCCAAGAGAGUCAAGUUUCUAAAUAUGUACACCAGUGGGAAGGAAAUCAGGAAUAAGAAAGGUAAUUUGAUUAGAGCUGCUUCCUUCCAGGACGCUACGAUACCUGAUGCGAGAGUGCAACCGGAUCGUCGUUGGUUUGGUAACACUAGAGUGAUAUCUCAGGAUGCCCUGCAGCAUUUCAGAAGUGCCCUGGGUGAGAACCAAAAGGACACUUACCAAGUUCUUUUAAGAAGAAACAAGCUUCCGAUGUCUUUGUUGGAGGAGAAGGACACAGAUGAAUCCCCAAACGCCAGAAUCUUGGAUACCGAAAGUUACGCUGAUGCGUUCGGGCCCAAAUCACAAAGAAAGAGGCCACGUCUCGCUGCAUCCAGUCUGGAGGAUUUGGUCAAAGUCACCGAUGAAGAUACUACCAAGUACGAGGAAAAACAAGUCUUGGACGCCACUUUGGGGUUGAUGGGGAAUCAGGAAGACAAAGAAAACGGGUGGACUGCCGCAGCUAAGGAAGCUAUUUUCAGUAAAGGUCAAUCCAAGCGUAUCUGGAACGAAUUAUACAAAGUCAUUGAUUCAUCCGACGUGGUGAUACACGUUUUGGAUGCAAGAGAUCCAUUGGGAACACGUUGCAAAUCCGUGGAGGAGUAUAUGAAAAAGGAAACGGCGCAUAAACACCUGAUUUAUGUUCUUAAUAAGUGUGAUUUGGUACCCACUUGGGUUGCAGCAGCUUGGGUCAAACAUUUGUCGAAGGACCGUCCAACAUUGGCGUUUCAUGCAUCUAUUACCAACUCUUUCGGUAAAGGUUCAUUAAUUCAAUUGCUACGUCAAUUCUCCCAAUUGCAUACUGAGAGAAAGCAGAUCUCCGUCGGGUUCAUUGGUUAUCCAAACACAGGUAAAUCAUCCAUCAUCAACACGCUAAGAAAGAAAAAGGUGUGCCAAGUGGCACCAAUUCCUGGGGAAACUAAAGUCUGGCAAUAUAUUACUCUUAUGAAAAGAAUAUUUUUGAUUGAUUGUCCAGGUAUUGUUCCACCUUCUAGCAAGGACACCGAAGAAGAUAUUUUAUUCAGAGGUGUCGUCAGAGUCGAGCAUGUCACCCAUCCAGAACAAUACAUCCCAGGUGUCUUAAAGCGUUGCCAGGUGAAGCACUUGGAAAGAACGUACGAGAUUUCGGGGUGGAAGGACGCCACUGAGUUCAUUGAAAUUCUGGCAAGAAAGCAGGGGAGACUAUUGAAGGGUGGUGAGCCGGAUGAGUCUGGAGUUUCCAAACAGAUUCUGAACGACUUCAACAGAGGUAAGAUUCCUUGGUUCGUUGUUCCACCUGAGAAGACAGAGGAAACCGAACUGAAGAAUAAAGAAGUUGAAAAGACAGCAUAG